GCCCCAUUUCCCAUCUCGCCUUUCGGUCCUUGAAGGAAGGGAACAAGGUCGUGAAAAAAACGGCUGGUGUGAUACCGCCAUAUCUCCUGCUUCGGUUUCUGCACCUUCGCCGGCCUUCCAACAGGAAAAUGUUGGGCCAAAGCAUUCGGAGGUUCACAACCUCUGUGGUCCGUAGGAGCCACUAUGAGGAGGGCCCAGGGAAGAAUUUGCCAUUUUCGGUGGAAAACAAGUGGCGGUUACUAGUCAUGAUGACUUUAUACUUUGGAUCAGGAUUUGCUGCACCUUUUUUUAUAGUAAGACACCAACUGCUUAAAAAAUAAGGAUGUUUAAUCCAAGAUACAGAUAUGAAGAGGAGCAUUUUAAGAGAUGCAGUCUCUUUGAAAAAUGGAUCAAAAUGUUGAACUCAACAUACUAGAUGUGUUUGUAAAUAAACGUAUGGCAUGAAUCCUUAAUGCCUCUUCUCUGAAAUACAAAAUGUGAUAAAUUGAG